AGAUCCAUCUUCUUCAAAUGAAAUCCAUGGCCAGUACAAGUAAUGUGAGUGAGUUAAUGUUCACUGGCCUUUUCCAGCAUCCGGAGGUGCAGAGAGUGUGCUUUGUGGUGUUUCUUCCCAUGUACCUGACCACGGUGGUGGGCAAUGGCCUCAUCGUUGUGACGGUCAGUGUCAGUAAGAGUCUGCAGUCCCCGAUGUACUUCUUCCUGAGCCACCUGUCCCUGGUGGAGAUCAGUUACUCUUCCACUGUUGUCCCUAAAUUCAUCACAGACUUACUCACCAAGAUUAAAACCAUCUCCCUGGAGGGCUGUGUGGCUCAGAUAUUCUUUUUCCACUUCUUUGGGGUCACUGAGAUCCUUUUGCUUGUGGUGAUGGCCUAUGACCGCUAUGUGGCCAUCUGCAAGCCUCUUCAUUAUAUGAACAUUAUGAGCCGCCAACUAUGUCACGUACUGGUGGCUGGUUCCUGGCUUGGGGGCUUUAUUCACUCCAUAAUUCAGAUUCUCAUCACCAUCCAGUUGCCCUUCUGUGGUCCCAGUGUGAUUGACCACUACUUCUGUGACCUCCAUCCAUUAUUCAAGCUUGCCUGCACUGACACCUUUGUGGAGGGCAUUAUUGUGUUGGCCAACAGUGGCUUAAUUGCUCUGUGCUCCUUCCUCAUCUUGGUGACCUCCUAUAUUAUCAUCCUGGUCAAUUUGAGGAACCAUUCUGCAGAGGGGAGGCGCAAAGCCCUCUCCACCUGUGCCUCUCAUAUCACAGUGGUCAUCUUGUUCUUUGGACCUGCCAUCUUCCUCUACAUGCGAUCCUCUUCUACUUUCACUGAGGACAAACUGGUGGCUGUGUUCUACACGGUCAUCACUCCCAUGCUGAACCCCAUCAUCUACACACUCAGAAACGCAGAGAUGAAAAUCGCCAUGGGGAGGCUGUGGGGCAAAAAUGAGAACUCAGAGAUGGAGUGAA